AUGACAACACCAGACUCGGACAGUGCACUUGAGCCGUUUGGCGGUUCAGAUCCGCCAUCAGCACCGUUGACAUUUCGUGCGCCGCCCACUGCCUCCGUGGGUGUGGUUUCCAAUUGCGCGAAAUCGAUAAUAGAUAGGAAACUGCGAAAGUAUGCGUCUGAAACUUCGUUUGCCACCGAGACGGCUUCUGAAAGCAGUCUGGAGCGUGAAGUACCGAGCAGAUCAAGGGUAUUCACUGUGAAACCAGUGAGCUCCCGAUCCGGAAUAAUACUAUCCAAUGGAAGUGCCAGUAAACCUUGUAGCGGAAGCGGUGGCAAUGGGCAUAAAUCAAGACGAAGGCAUUACUCAGAUGCCAGUGGCAGCGCGAACAGUGAAGCUACUGUGGCGUCUGGAGCGAACACGCCUAGAAGAUGCCACUUCAGAAGACCAAAGUCAACUUCUGAAAUGCACCAAUCGUGCACAUCUGCAACAAUCCAUUCACUUGAAAGUCAUCAUAAUGAAGAACGAAGGGCUUCUCACGUUUAUAUGAUCGACGAUGACUCAGUUCACGAAUUUGAAGAUGAUGAUGAGAAUCAGGGUAUUUAUAUUAAAAACCCUGAUCCUCGGCAACGAAUAAUGGCUCGUCGUACUUCCCAUACUCUGUUAUUCGUUCCCGAACAAAGGAGAGUGUCCAACGUUUCUGGAUCAUCGGUGGUUUCCUGUCCAGAAGCGAAAGAAGCGCCGCCACCUCCUCCAGCUCCCCCAGCUAUGAGCCUCCAUCUGAGUCCAGUUGGCAAUCGGCGAAAAUCUGUGCAAACAGGUGCCCCUGCCAUUGGCUUCAGACCCUUGAAAACCUUCGAACGCCGGGCUUCACAGCCGACGUUACAAUUCGAGGUAAUCAAGGGUUUAGGCGGAGCUCCGUCAACGUCAUUGAACCAACAACAUCUUCCGGCAGAGAAGGCUAAAAUGCUAACGAAGCGAGUCUCUUGGCUAUCAAUGAAAAGCGUACAACAAGAACAGCAAGAUAAUCGGCGAUCCAGUGCUUGUGGAAGUCCACGCGGCGGAUCUCCCAGUAGGACAUUGAGCCAAUAUGGCAGUCAGGCCUACUUGGCAGAAGGCGAUAGAGAUUUCGAAUCCGAUACACCUCCACUAGACACUUUGAGUUGGAGCAAUGCGGGAAAUGAAUACGAUAAUGUGACCUUGAUGUAUGCGAAACAUGAGAAGAUACCAAUGAAAGAUUUUGGAUCGGAAAUCCGCGCUACAAUGGACAUAGAUCAUUUGCUUAAUAAGGCUGUUCUUUUGCUCGAUCUCGAGGAGACGAGUCUUGAGGAGAUUUUUGCCAAAAUUAUUCAUGAGAUGGAUAUUCAAGAACCCGAGUUUACCAGCGAGCAAGUUCGAAGCGUUCUUUUCACUCAGGAUGCCGGAAAUCAAUUUCAUAUUCUUUCCCGGACGGUUCAAUCAAUAUGCACAACUGGCUCUAUUGGCGGCAGUUUCGACUAUGAUCAAACCUGGAUUUGCGCCUUAUGCAUGCUCAACACUGUUCAACAUCGUCAUGUAGCCAUCGCGCGACUUUCUCAUCCAACAAAUCUCGGAAGAACAAUGCAAGAUCUGCGAUUCAUUAUUAUCGUGAUUGCGCCGAGUCGAGCGAAAGGUACGAAAACUGCUUUAGAGACAACCCGAACAUUUGCCACACUAUUCGCUGAUAUGGAAAUUCGACAGCGAUUGGUAAUGGCGCAAUCAGUUGAACAAUUUCGAUCAACACUUCUAUCGGCCGCCAAAGAAUUGGCAAUGGAUCAAAAUCAGUGGAGAGAAAGGAAAUCGUCAAUUCAUUUGAGUCAUGCCAAGGAACAAAUCUUCGGACCUGAAGCAUGGUAUCCAUUCCGCGGAUUGCGAGACGAAUUUCACCGGCGACUUGCUAUCUAUCCAUCCGAUUUCGUCGACGGCAUUCGCGGCCACAAAACUAUUCAGAAGCUCUUCUCUACAAUAGUGUUUCUUUAUUUUGCGUGCCUACUUCCUGCUAUUGCUUUUGGAGUAUUAAAUGAUGACAAUACAAAAGGAGCAAUUAACGUACGAAAAGUUAUCAUAGCGCAGGCUGUUGGCGGAAUUUUUUUCUCGUUAUUUGGCGGUCAGCCAAUGAUUAUAUUGCUCACUACAGUACCUUUAGCAAUUUAUAUAAAAGUAAUAUUUAAAAUAUCCCAAGAACUUGGAUAUGACUUUCUGGCUAUGUAUGCUUGUGUGGGGCUCUUCUGCCAACUGUUUCUUGUAUUGUAUUCUGCCACGGAAUUGUGUAGUCUGAUGAAAUUCGCCACGAGAUCUGCAGAGGAAAUGUUUUCAUUGUUCAUAGCUAUUGCAUUCACUGUGGAAUCGAUGAGAGCAAUUCAUAACAGUUUUAAGAAGAACUACAACGAUUGUGACCCUUCAGCUAAUUCAAUAAAAGCGGUAAAGCAUGCAUUGGCUUCUUGGCAGAACGGCUCAAAUCUUGACAGCAUUGUCGGAAAUAUUACAAGUGCAAUGAAUGUCACGGAGACUGGCACAUUCUGCCGUCGUGAUACCUCAAUAUUGUACAUGCUUCUAAUGUUUGGCACACUUUGGUUAGGACUAUUUUUGUACAAUUUCCGCAAGACACCAUAUCUCACAAGAUCGCGUCGUGAAUGGCUUGCGGACUAUGCACUACCAGCCUCGGUUCUUAUUAUGUCAUUUACUGGAUCAUAUGGAUUCUCAGACAUUGAAAAAGAUCGAUUCAAACUACGUCUUGAACACCCGGUAUUAGAAAUGGCCAAUAUCGCAUCAUUACCACCAUCUGGCUACUUCGUCUGCCUUUUACUUGGCUUCUCGCUAUCAUUUUUAUUUUUUAUUGACCAAAACAUUUGCUCAGCAAUUGUUAAUAAUAGUCAAAACAAACUCAAAAAGGGUACAUCGCACAAUUUGGAUUUGUUCGUGGUGGCACUAUUGAACAUGUUUCUUUCCAUUUUUGGUCUGCCAUGGAUGCACGGCGCCCUACCGCAUUCUCCACUUCACCUCCGAGCGUUAGCAGAUGUUGAGGAGAGAGUUUUUCAGGGACAUGUUCAUGAAGUGAUCAUGAAUGUUCGCGAAACUCGCCUUGCAUCAUUAAUCGCCCAUAUCCUUAUCUUAAUUUCAACGUUCUACUUGAUUCCGUAUCCUCUUCAGCUCAUUCCGACUUCCGUGCUCCACGGUCUUUUCUUAUAUAUGGCAUUGACAUCAUUGUCCGGUAACGAGAUGUUUGAAAGACUACUUUUGCUAAUAACGGAACAGCAAGCCUACCCACCAACACAUUACAUCAGAAAAGUCCCACAGCGAAAAGUCCACUUAUUUACGGCAUGCCAAUUAUUGCAACUCAUAAUCUUGUGCGCGUUCGGAUUCUCUCCGUAUCCAUUCAUUGAAAUGGUCUUCCCAAUUGUUUGUUUCUUCUUUUUACCAAUAAGACAUACCCUAAUCCCAAGACUCAUCGAUUACAAGUAUCUUGAUGCUUUAGACGGACGACACUAA